AAGGUCAGGCAUGCCAUUCACUGGCAACAAUGGCGGCGCUCAGGGCUUUCACAGAUGUGCAGAGAGUGGUGUUAAACUGGCAGUAUUCUGCAUUGCGGACAAGAUGGUACUAUUUAACCUCAAACCACCAGUAUUCAACAUCACAUGAACACAAUGAAAAGACAUUUGACAAGAUCUUAAUUGCGAAUAGAGGAGAAAUAGCUUGCAGAGUAAUGAAAACAUGCAAGAAGAUGGGUAUAAAAACAGUUGCAGUACACAGUGAUGUUGACUCAGCUGCUGUUCAUGUGAAAAUGGCGGAUGAAGCUGUCUGUGUUGGCCCGGCUCCCACUAGCAAAAGCUACCUCAACAUGGAUGCCAUCAUGGAAGCCAUUAAGAGGACUGGUGCCCAAGCUGUCCACCCAGGAUAUGGGUUUCUUUCUGAAAACAAAGAAUUUGCCCGACGUCUGGCAGCAGAGAGCGUCACCUUCAUUGGACCUGACACUCAUGCUAUUCAAGCCAUGGGAGACAAGAUUGAAAGCAAGCUAUUAGCCAAGAAUGCAAAGGUCAACACCAUCCCAGGCUUUGAUGGAGUGGUCAAGGAUGCAGAUGAAGCUGUCAGAAUUGCAAGGGAAAUUGGCUACCCUGUUAUGAUCAAGGCCUCGGCAGGUGGUGGUGGUAAAGGCAUGAGGAUUGCCUGGGAUGAUGAUGAGACCAGGGAUGGAUUCAGGUUUUCAGCUCAAGAGGCAGCCUCUAGUUUUGGAGAUGAUCGUUUGUUGAUAGAAAAAUUUAUUGAUGACCCUCGCCACAUAGAAAUCCAGGUAUUGGCAGACAAGCAUGGUAAUGCCCUAUGGUUAAAUGAGAGAGAAUGUUCCAUUCAAAGGCGAAAUCAGAAGGUGGUAGAAGAGGCACCCAGUACAUUUCUUGACCCUAAAACACGAAAACGAAUGGGCGAACAAGCUGUUGCUCUUGCCAAAGCAGUGAAAUAUUCCUCUGCAGGAACAGUGGAAUUCCUUGUCGAUUCCAAGAAGAAUUUCUACUUUUUGGAAAUGAACACCAGGCUACAGGUGGAACAUCCCAUCACCGAGUGCAUUACUGGCCUGGACUUGGUCCAAGAAAUGAUCCGUGUUGCUAAGGGUUACCCUCUCAGACACCAGCAAUCUGAUAUCCCCAUAAAUGGCUGGGCUGUAGAAUGUCGUGUUUAUGCCGAGGAUCCAUAUAAAUCCUUUGGCUUGCCUUCGAUUGGCCGUCUUUCUCAAUAUGAAGAGCCACGCACCUUGCCAGGGGUUCGCGUUGACAGUGGCAUUCAAGAAGGAAGUGACAUCAGCAUUUACUAUGACCCCAUGAUAUCAAAACUGGUGACCCAUGGUAACACUCGGAAUGAAGCCUUAAAGAGAAUGGAAAAUGCACUAGACAACUAUGUCAUACGAGGUGUGACCCAUAAUAUUCCUUUACUACGGGAAGUGAUCACAAACCCACUUUUUAUUAAAGGCGACAUCACUACAAAAUUUCUUUCAGAAGUCUAUCCUGAUGGAUUUAAAGGUCACAGUUUGUUACCAAACGAAAAAAAUGAACUUCUGGCUACAGCGGCUUGUUUGUAUGUGGCUUUACAAACAAGAUCUUAUAGAUUUCUGAACAACACAAGGGUGCCAAUAGCAAAGAAUGAUGUCAAAAGCUGGGAACUGUCUGUCCAUCUGGAUGGGAAUAGUCACUCCAUUAUAGUAACCAGAAAUAAGGAUCAGUUUUCUGUGGAAGUUGAUGGGACAAAUGUGAAUGUGUUCAGCGAGUGGAACCUGUCUUCAUCUCUAAUGUCUGUCAAUGUUGGUGACACACACAGGACAAUCCAGUGUCUUGGCCGUGAUGCAGCUGGCAAUUUAAGCGUUCAGUUCCUGGGUACCGUGUAUCAAUUGCAAAUACUGACAAAGCAUGCUGCCGAACUCAGCAAGUACAUGCCCGAGAAGGUUGAAGAGGAUACAAGUAGUAUUGUGAGAUCACCGAUGCCUGGGACGGUGAUAGCAGUCUCAGUUAAGCCUGGAGAUAUGGUUUCCGAGGGACAAGAGAUCUGUGUAAUUGAAGCUAUGAAGAUGCAGAACAGCAUGACUGCCGUGAAAACAGCCAAGGUAACCUCUGUGCAUUGCAAGGCUGGUGAGACCGUGGGCGAAGGAGAUCUUCUGGUCCAAUUGGAAUAAAGUUAUUUCUUUACAAGACGUUGCCACUUUCUAAAUGAUUUCAUGUCCCAGGUGACAUUCCUCUGAAACCAAUUUUAUACACUUGUAUUUAUUAGAAGGUGUCGUUGAAUGGAAUAAACAGCAAGACUUCAAAGGAAUCCUUUCACCUACUCCAGUAAUUGUAUAAUAUCUGUACUGUACAAGCCAGAUCAGUUCUGUAUUUUAAACAAUUCUUUUUCACAAAGGAUUGUUUACUUUCAACUUUUUUUUAUAUAUUCAUGUAACUGUUUGCUGAACUUAAAAAGCAUUCUAAUUCACUACAACUCUACAGUGUGGAUAACACUCCACAUUGUUAUUCAUGAUAUAGACUCCAUUCAUAAUGUUAUUGAUUAUGUUCUAAAUGGCAAAUAUUAACAAAAUGUACAGAUGUUAAGAACAUUUUGGAAAAUACAGCUCACAGGGAAAUAUUUAAUAUAGAUUCCACCAUAUAAUAUAAGCUAUGAGCUAUAGCUAACACUAAUUAUGACUCAAUCAAUUUCUUUACUUAUGUGGUAGUUCCAAUUAAAGCUACGUGUGUUGUAUUUCUAAUAAUAAACCCGAAUACAGCAAUGAUCUACCUAUUAAAGCUUAUGAUUACCAAUCACAAAGAAGCAAAAAAAUAAAAUAAACCUUUGUUAGCUCCACCCCAAAAUUGUGUUUACAUUUUAUUCAUCACAGUUCCUAAUUCUUUAUUUUAUGCUCUUGCAUAAAACCGGCAAACUAUGACCUACUCCUAUACAGAGCAAAUAUUUGUAAUGUCCGUUCUUUAAAUACAAUAAUCCGAUUUGUCAGUACAUGAAUACAUAGAGUAUCAAGCAGUGAUUUC